AUGGACGUCUUCACUUUCUCCGCAUCUCCCGCGAUGCCUUGCCAUUUGUCCUUCUCCCUCCCGCAAACCCCACCCUCUCUAGACCAGGGUCGCUCAAAGCGUCCACGGCCACUUACCGAUGUUGACGGAGAGGGUUCCAUGGACCUGCAGAACAAGAAACGUCGGCUUCGCCUAGUAUUUGUCACCUCCAGACUCAGCCUCCCGUUUUCUGCCCCUCCAACCCAUAUCAUCGGUCGGGAUUCAUCGAAAAUUGCCGUCUGGGCCAAGCAGAAAGCCUUAGGACGCAAUUUGCUCAGGAAAGCCGCUAUUAUGAACCGGGUCCGAAAACAUGCCCUCUCUAUCCACAACAAUGACCCCCUCCAGUUCGAUGUAGCAAGACAAUUGGCCGUUUUGCUGACCCACCAGAAUCCCCUCUUGUCACCCACCGAAACUGCUCCGUUUGCAAAUGCCCAGGCGCGCUCUGACAAUUUUAUGUGGACAGCAGGGAUAUGCCAGAAGCCCUCAAUGAGAUCGCCCAAUCUGCAGAACCAUCAUCUACCCUUCCCAACAAAGAACCCUUAUAACACUAACUCAUCUCCCUCUCCCUCUCCAUCUCUCCGCCAAUAUAUUCCCUUACCACCACCACCCCAGUUGGACUUGAGGAAUUAUGAUGUCUUCGAUAAUGAAGAUGGAUACUUCGACAGCGACAGUGACGGGGAGUCGGAAGGCAACGACGGGAAAAGUUACCGAGUAUACAGUGAUUUUAACAUUCUCGAGCCCUCAGAGCCGGUUGUGGACGAUCACGAUGACAUUGCUAGUUUUGAUUCCCUCAUUUUUGGUUCUCAGUUCCUGCUGACAGAAUCCGUCGAGGAUGAGGAGUCAGUUGGGAUAUGUUUGGAAUAG